AUGAACCAACAAAGUGGACAUCACAGAGUUAAAAGUCAAGUUAAAAAGACUUCUAACUCUAAAUUGGAAAAGAGUUGGCAUCAAAGGCAUACCAAACAGCCCAGUGUAACUAAUGAUUCUAGAAAAGUCCAUUCAGAGGAAGGAGUACUUAGUAAACUCGGUAAAGAUGACGGACAUCAUGCUCGAUACUAUGAUACUGAUCAACCUACAAAAAGCGUUGAAUCAGUACUACGAAAAUCCAAAGAAUUUAACUUAGGACAAGCUAUUAGGAAAUCAAAAUAUUCAGUGAAUACAAAGCACUUGAGUUCAAAUUUAUCAAAGCAAAACACAGUUGUUUCGUCUAAUUCUGAGUCAAAACACAGUGUUAACCUUACAGCUAUAAACGUUCUGAAUUUACUAAAGAAGUGA